AUGGAGCAAAAUUCAGACCCAGACUCCUUCCUGAAGUCGGCGCGUCUCCAGCGCCUGCCCUCGUCCUCAUCGGAGAUGGGAAGCCAGGACGCGUCCCCUCUCCAGGAGACCAGCAAGGACCCUUUUUCUGGAGACUGCAGCUGCCGGCAGGAUGGGCUGACUGUCAUCAUCACCGCCUGCCUGACCUUCGCCACGGGGGUCACGGUGGCCCUCAUCAUGCAGAUCUAUUUUGGGGACCCUCAGAUCUUUCACCGCGGCGCCGUGGUCACGGACGCUGCCCGCUGCACGGCGCUGGGCAUAGAGGUGCUCAACAAGCAGGGCUCCUCGGUAGACGCGGCCAUCGCCUCGGCCCUCUGCGCGGGAAUCGUCAACCCCCACACGUCGGGCAUCGGCGGGGGUGGGGUGAUGCUGGUCCACGACAUCCGGAAGAACAGGAGCUGGGUGAUCGACUUCGGCGAGGUGGCUCCCCUGGGCAUCCCACUGGAGGAGGACCUGCAGAAGGACACCAAGCCAGGUUUGCUCGUGGGGGUGCCAGGCACGAUACAAGGAAUGCACCAGGCACACCAGUUGCAUGGGAGACUCCCGUGGUCCCAGCUGCUGGGCCUCGCGGCCGGUGUCGCCCGGGCUGGGUUUAACGUCACCCACGAUUUGGCCAAAGCCGUAAGUGAACUGAAGGACCUGAACUACUCUGACAAAUUUCGGGAGAUCUUCCUGCCAGACAGCCAGCCCUUGCUGCCUGGCAUGUUCGUCAGGCGCCUGGACCUCGCGGCCGUCCUGGAGCUGGUGGGGGCAGAAGGGCCGUCAGCUUUCUACAGCGGAAACUUGACCCAGGAGAUAAUCUCCGAGGUCCGCAGCUACGGAGGAGUCUUGGUGGAGGAAGACUUCAGCAAUUACAGUGCCACGGUGCAGAAUCCCGUCCACACAGUCUAUCGAGGUCAUCUCGUUUUCAGUCCCCCACCUCCACAUGCAGGUCCUGCCCUGAUCACAGCACUGAACAUCCUGGAGGGCUUUAACAUCACAAGUCAAGUAGCCAGGGGGAAUAUCUUGCACUGGAUGGCAGAGACAUUAAAAAUAGCCCUGAGUCUGGCUGGCAACCUGGGAGACCCAUCUGAUGAUGUGUCCGUCACGCACGCUGCAGAAGGCAUGGUGAGUAAAUCAGAAGCUAAUUCCCUGCGCCAGCUGAUUAACGACUCCCAGUCCUUCUCGUCUGAUCUCCACGUGCCUCACUUCUCCGUGGAGAGCGGACCCGCUGCUAGCCAGGUCCUUGUCAUGGGACCCGAUGACUUCAUUGUUGCAGUUGUAAGUUCAUUGAAUCGUCCAUUUGGCAGUGGAAUCAUGACACCUUCUGGAAUCCUCCUGAACAGCCAGAUGUUGGACUUCUGGCAAAAUAAAACAAUGAACCACUCCAUUCCCAGGCUGCAAAAUGUCAUUCAGCCUCGGAAACGGCCCCUGUCUUUCCUGUUGCCCACCAUCGUGAGACCAUCCGAGGGGAUGUGCGGGACGUACCUAUGUCUGGGGGGCAACAACGGGGACAAAGCCUUGAGCAGCAUCGUUCAGGUUUUGGUAAAUGUUUUAACAUUCAACAAGAAUCUGAGUGAAAGUUUGUCACUUGGUCGACUUCACCCACAGCUUUGGUCCAACACCUUGCAGGUCGACAGUGAGUUUCCUGAAGAAGACAUUGAAUUUCUUGUAGCCAGGGGCCAUCAAGUGGAUAAGGUCAAAGUGGUCUCCUUAGUUCAUGGAGCCAGGAGAACCAACAGUUUCAUCAUUGGCCUGAAGGACCCCAGGAGCGUGGAUGCUGCCGGAGCCACAAUAUUGUAG